AUGGAAAAACCACCUUCACAAAGUUCACGAAGAAACAUGAGUGCAUCUUCCGUAACUACUAUGGCCAAUAACAAUACGGACGAGCACGUAUUUUCGAGUAAUUUCGAAGAUUAUGACAUUCGUAAUCCUAUUGGAUAUGGCUCUUCAGCUAUUGUGUAUAAUGCAGUAUAUAUACCUUUGAAUAAAAAAGUUGCAGUGAAGAUAAUUGAUAUGGAUUAUUUUGAAAGAGAUCAAAUUGAUGAAUUAAGGCGAGAAACGCAAACGAUGUCUUUAUCGAAACAUGCCAAUAUACUACGUGUCUAUGGUUCAUUUGUGAAAGAGUCCAAAUUGUAUAUAGUCACGCCUUACAUGGCAGCCGGCUCGUGUUUGGAUAUUAUGAAAACUGCAUAUCCUGACGGACUUGAGGAGACGGUAAUAGCCGCGAUAUUGAAACAAGCGUUACAAGGAUUAGAUUAUUUACAUAAGCAUAAACAUAUUCAUCGAGAUGUCAAAGCAGGUAAUCUUCUUAUGGAUGACGAUGGAUCAGUUUUACUUGCGGAUUUUGGCGUAUCUUCCUCUCUCGAGAAUGGAGAUCGAAAAAAUUAUCGUAGGACUUUUGUCGGGACGCCAUGCUGGAUGGCACCCGAAGUCAUGGAACAAGCUGGUUAUGACUACAAAGCCGACAUAUGGUCAUUUGGCAUAACAGCUAUUGAGUUAGCGACAGGCCAUGCACCAUUUGCUAAAUAUCCACCAUUGAAGGUGCUUAUGCUUACUAUUCAAAGCGAUCCUCCAACUCUUAAUAGAGAAAAAACUAAACAUAAGUACUCGAAAUCUCUGAAAGAAAUGAUUGAUACAUGUUUACAAAAAGAUCCCACCAAAAGACCAAACACAGAAAGACUUUUGAAUCACGCAUUCUUCAAACAAGCAAGGAAAAAAGAUUUUCUAGUGGCAAAAUUGUUACAGAGUUUGCCUCCACUAGAACAACGGCCACACAAAAGAGUACAACAAAAAACUAUAACUUAUACACGAGGUGUUUCAUGGGAUUUUGCAGAUGCCGAAAACAAAGAUGAAAAUAUGAAUAAAUUGAUGGAUGCUGAAAAACAAGAGGAUGAUGCGCCAAUACCCUUGGAAGAUAAUUCACUUUCUGCCGCCAAAAAAGUAUCAUUUAUUACUGCGUCAGAAGUCACCGAAAAGAAAAAUUUCGAUGGAGUUUCUUCAAUAAAACCUUCAAGAUUUAAUUCGGAAACAUCAACUUCAUCUUCUGUACCAACAGCGCAAAUUCAUCAUCAUAACCAUCGAUUGUCUCAAUCAUAUCCGACUUCGACUGGCGCAAAUAUGACAGCAAUACAAAAUCAAUCUACAUCAUCGCUUCCACAAAAAAAAGAGGAAGGCGUUAUUGUGAAUAAUAGCAACUCGAAUUCUUCUUUAACUUCAGAGAAUCAGCAGCAACCGAAUAAGCUUCAAACACAAGGAGAAAUAAAAAAAGGAAGGUUCAGCGUAAUGGAAAACACGAAGUCACGAGAAAGAUCCCCUUCUGGAGGAUCACAAUAUGACUCUGAUAACAUCCAGCAUCCCAUUUUAAAUAAGGAGAAAUCAAGCGAGAAUAUAACAGACAGCAAGCGAGGCCGAUUCGAAGUUCAACAUCCAAACUCAGUUAAUCCUAUUGAUAUACAAUCAGCUAAUAUUCCAGCACCUAAUGUGUCGAGAGAGAAUUCGCUACACUCUUAUUCUAGUCUUUCUCGAGAAUCAACCAUUUCUCGAAGUGAUGGACCAACUUUCCAUGAUGCACACCAAAACCAAGAGAUAACUCGUCGUCAACAAACUGAAAGUUAUGUUAAACAAUUGAAUCGAGCCCAUACAGAAAAUGAAGUUAACCACGAAACUACAGAGAAACCACAUACCAAGAAGGGUAGAUUUGAAGUUUCAGUUUCUGAUGCAGCUACAAAAGUAGAUGAUCCCAUGCCUUCACCUGGAAAAAUUUUAAAUUCAGACAUCACAUAUUCGCCCCAGUCUACUUAUUUAGGAAAUUCUUCGAAUACAUCUCCCAUGUCUACUCUGAUACGUGGUCAAAGUUUAAAUUUAGACCCAAAUUCAUUGCUUUUUCAUAUAGAAACCAUGAUGCACAAACUCUUACAUAUGAAUGAAAAUAUCGCUGAAAGCAAAUCUAUUGCUGCUGACACUACAAUUUAUUUGGGGUCUCUCGGUCGUCAAUUCAAAUCACUUAAUCACGAAAUUGAGGAACUACGUAAAGAAAAUGAAAGGUUGAAAAGUAAACUUGAUCAAUUAUCAAAAUCAUCAAAUAACAAUAGUUCAGCUCCCGUCAAUAAUACAAAUGUUGUUGAUUCAUCGAGUAUUUCCCAACAUCAACAAUUAUUUGAACCUCCCAACUCCAAAAUCCCAUGA